AUGUAUUCACGUUGCAUUUGCCUAUUGUUGUGUGUUUUUUGUUUCGUACCGGCCCUGCUUUGUCAUCAACUACCCUUGACGUGUGGAAGAAUCGCAACACAAACGAUUCCCCUCAUACGGAAUGGAAUCAGUGCAGUGGAUGGGCAAUGGCCCUGGCAUGCAGCCAUCUUUCAUCGAAAGAACAACACGAUGGAGUAUGCUUGCGGUGGAUCCAUCAUCGAUCAAUCGACCAUUCUUACGGCGGCACAUUGUGUUACGUCCAUGCACGGUGUCUUACACCAAAGUAAGCUGACGGUACAUGUAGGCCGCAUUCACCUCCAAGAAGUGUCUGAACACACGCAAGAACAUCCGGUUGGGGAUGUGAUACUACACCCUCACUACUCGAUGGGCAGUAUUGCUAACGAUAUUGCACUGAUAAAGCUAGCGACUAAUAUAACGAUCUCGAAGCACGUACAACCCGUCUGCCUGUGGACAAUGAGUGACUCGGAGGAACCGAUCGUCAAUAGAAGCGGUACGAUCGUUGGAUUUGGUUUCGCAGAGCAGGACAAAGUAUCGGACACUCUGAGAUCAGCAUCGAUUAGAUUUGUUGAUACUGCGACGUGUCUUGCAAGUGACCGGAGCUUGUUUGGCACUCAUCUAACCCCAGAGAUGUUCUGCGGCAUUGGCGGGCCCGGAGUGAGUGCGUGCAAUGGCGAUAGUGGUGGCGGGAUGGUGUUCGAGAUCGGUGACAGAUGGUUUGUGCGCGGUAUUGUAUCCUUUACUCGAUCACGAGCAAACGAGAAUAUUUGCGACGGUAAAAGUCACACUGUCUACACCGAUGUGGCGAAGUAUGUCGCGUGGAUUACGAAGCACAUUGAUCCACGGAUGCUACAUUAUUCCACCAAUCUGCAUAUAAUCGAUUACGAGGAAAAGCUUCGGCUGUUUAACUUCACUACAUGUGGCAUCGUACCAGAUCUGGAGUAUUUACCUUGGCAUGGCUUCAUCGGAAUCACUGCCGAGGGUGUAUUCAUUGCCAGAUGUAUCGUCACACUCAUAGCCGAAUGGUACGUCGUUUGUCCGGCACAUUGCUUUGCAUCUGAUGAACCAAGAGUAUUGGAGGUACAUAUCGGUCGUAACUACUCGGCCCAAACAUCCCAACAGGUCCUGCACAUUGAAAGUGUCACUAUCCAUCCGCAUUACUAUAACAAUAGUUUUGUAGACAAUAUAGCUCUGAUUCAGCUAAGUACACCUGCAAACACGUCCCAUUGGAGUAUAACGCCUAUCUGUGUAGCCGUUACACCGGAUCUUCAAUGUAAUCAUUCUUUGAACCUUACCGUGUCCACUAGCAAAGAACCUCAGCAAUCAGUGAAAAGUGUGGAUGUAAGCAUUUUAAGUGAUUCUGUAUGCAUAGAAAAAUAUGGCAGAUUUGGAAUAAAUCCCUCUCUCGCCCACAAACGGUUCUGCGCUCAAACCCAACAACCGUGCAACUUCUCUAUAAUCGCAGAAAAAUAUACUCCCCACAUUUCGGGUGCUAUUCUACAGCAAGCCCAAACGUUUGCCGGUGAAACGCACUCCCAACACUUUCUACGUGGAUUUGAUCUAAUGGGUAGACACUGUGAUCUAAAUAUGCCACCUAUUUACCUUAACGCUAGUGCAUACAUGGAUUGGAUUCUGUACAAUAUGAAACUUCCCGUUCAGAAUGUCACGCACAUAGACAUGGAGACCGAUUGGUCUACAUUGCUGCAGGGACCGGACUCGGAGAAGCUGCGUCUGUUCAACAUGGCUACCUGUGGGAUGCAAGCAUAUAAUUAUACAAUGACGUCGUAUCCCUGGACUGAAACACAGGUGAAAAUGGCAUAG